AUGGACCAUCUACCACAGCUGCAAGAGAGAUCUGGCUUCCGUGUUGAAGUCCCUUUUCUCGGAGAUGCCCGUUUUGCUUAUCAUGGCGACAGCGUUGAAGCCUUUCCAGGGCGGUACGACUUCGAAUUCGCAAAGCUUCACGACCUCCAAACGGGCUGGUUGUCGUCAAGAUACUUCCAGUCUUGUCUCUUCUUUGGCACUUUGGUCGAGGUCUUCAAGGUGUACAAUAUUCAGCUUCUGAGGGACGACUUUGUGAGUCGCGAUGCAAAUGGCCACGCCACCAUCACGACGAAGUACCUCCGAGACUACAUUGCGGCAUGGAUUGUCUCUGCCAGCCACGAAUAUCCCGGAUGCCUCGACAGUUCCAAGCACCGCGCCACUGCAAGAGAGGUCGGGGACAAGAUCGGCUCUGUUGCCGGCCAAGCGGUUGUCUCUGCCAUCCAUGUGGCUCGUCGCGCCACUACUCCCAUACCUGGUCCGAUGCAAGUGCUACACAACAAGCGGCACUUAUGGACCGAGGGCAGGGAACAUGCGAAAGCGAGUGCGGCGAAGAUCUGGCGCGUGCUGGAUACUGCAGCGACUACAUUGCGGAACUUGGGCCCGCUCAGUCGUGGCAUUGACGCUGCUGUGUGGGAUUCGGUCCUCGUGCUCUGUACUACUCUGCAAACCGCUGCAUUCUUCAUAUACCGUGCCGUUCCGCUGGAUGCCCCAGUCACAUUCACAGUCCCCUUCAACGCACUGCCGGCGCGGCUCAGCCCUCAAUUGUUCCUUGAGGAUUGCUGGUGCCCGCGUGAGGUGAAAAUAAUUUCUGACCUCGUGGAAGGCGACCAUUGCGCCCUCCUCCUCUGUGCCCAGCUCGACCGCCGACACAACCUCGACCACAGCAAGUGCAGCGCAGACAGGUGCGAGGCGUACCAGGUGGACCCGGACACGUACCGAACCCAGCACCAUCAAGACUGCCACGGUUGCGACUUUCUUGGCUUCGACGGCUUCGACUCCGAGGAACCAGCGAGGAGCAAGCUUUUUGAAACUAUCAUGCGCGAUCAAUCCCAGCUGUCGUCGUGCCGCUCAACUCCCAUGGCAGUGUAUGGUAAAGGACAACUGCGGCUUUUCCCCGUGCCUGUCAGGCAGCUCCUCGGUCAACGGUUCGUGGCUAUUAGCCACGUCUGGGCGGACGGACUGGGGAAUGCAGAUGCGAAUGCGCUCCCCCGGUGCCAAAUUGAGCGUAUACAAAAUUUAGUGGAUAAACAAUUUCCUAAUAGAAAAGGCCCGGUUCCGUUUUGGAUGGACACACUUUGUAUCCCAGUGGCCAAGGGUAAGUCAUCAGUGUACGGGGAGGCAAAGAAGCGUGCAAUUAAAAACAUGGAGGGCGUUUACAAAUCCUCAACCAAGGUCCUUGUCCUGGAUCGCACUCUGGCCAGUGUACCCUCUUAUGGUAUGUCUAAAGAAGAGAUUGGGCUCCGAAUCAUGUGUUCCGGCUGGGCACGGCGCCUAUGGACGCUCCAAGAAGGCCUCUAUCAGGCCCAGGUUCACUACGUGUUUGCAGACACCACCUACACCUUUAAAGACCUAAACGAGGCUGUGCGCCAGACACACGCCUUUCCCGACCGCAGUGUGGCUAUCCCGGAGACCCAUUUCCUGCGCAAAUACCUUGCUAACCCGCCACACUGCGCGGCUUCCUACGACCCACUUGCAUGCUCGGCGCACAAGGCGCUGAGCUGCUGUUGGCCUCGUAUCUCAUCCUUCUUCAAGGAACUGGACAUCAGGUAUAGCCAGCCAGACCCUAAAUGGUUCCCCGGCAUGCAGCUCGCUCCUGGUAUGACUGUUUUAGUCCCACGUGCAAUGCGGACAAUCGCGUAUCGCACCACCAGCCGCAGGGAAGAUGAAGGCCUUAUUCUCGCUAGCCUCACUAACUGGCGUGCCGGCUCCGCCGAGCCUUUGAUCGAAGUGCCAGCGGAGGAGCGUAUGCGUGUCUAUUUCGAGCAGUUUGCCAUUGUGCCCAGCCAGCUUAUCUUCCUCGACCAGAAACGCUACGAGGAUGCUGGCACACGUUGGAUUCCGAAGUCUCUACUUGCACAGUCCUCCACGGGAACCAACCGACUCCCCUAUGAGCACGCUAUCUUCUCAGAUGAUUUCUCCUGGCCCUCCCCCCGCGGAAUCACGGCAGAGUACCCUUCCUUCCGCCUGACCUUGCCUCCAGGCUGGAGCCCCUCGAAGGGCAAUCAAACAGUCCAGCUGGUUCUAGCGGGAAAUCUUUACAUGGGUUUUAUCCACGAAGCAGGCUCGCGAAAUCCACCUGCGUCUUUGUCGUCCAACCUCGCCGUCAUCGUGCCGCGUUCCAUAAUCGCCGGUCCUUGGAAGUGUGUCGCCGCGCUUGUGUCCAUUCAGAACGCGAACUUGCCUAGUCGCCCUAGGAGGAGCUCGGGAUUUAUGGCUGUGUUGUUGACGCAAGGCCGCAACGUGCUUGCAAAUCAUCGCGAUAAAAGCAGGAUGAUAGGACGUCAUGAGGCACUUUUAGACCUAGCGCGUGUACCUGAGCGGCCAGUAGUUGAUGAAACUCUGGCUAGGGUACCUAGGGUGGGUGCUGUGGCUAUGACGGAGUUUUUAUCGGCGGAGAAAAACAUACCGUGGCGGAUUGGGUAA